CCCACCGAGCGUUUAAGGGUGUGGCGGGUUCUGAGCGGUGGGAGAGUGGCUCAGCGUCGCUGGGGGCUAGGGGGUGAGGGAGGGACGGAAGCAUCGUGGGCGUAGGAGGCAGUCUGCGCACACCGACGGUCCGAGAAAGCGGCUUUCCGCAGACUCGGGCGUGACCGCCAGCCCAGCACGGCGCCGACCCUCUGGGAGCGCCCGCACCCGAACACGAGGCGCUCCAGUGCGCGUGCGCGGCGAGGGUCUUCCCGCACCUGAUCGCGAGACACCAGCGGCCGGCUGCUCGAGGCCUUGCCCGGGCGGCCGGGUGGAUCCCGUCAUGGCCCUGCUGUGUGGGCCCAGGCGGUGCGGCGCGCUCCUUGCUCUGCUGGCCUCGCUGCUCCUUUUCGGGGCUGAGGCGGCCGACGGAGAACGUGGCGUCCACGACUUUUGCCGAGUUUCAAAGAUAGUGGGACGAUGUCGGGCCUCCAUGCCUAGGUGGUGGUACAAUGUCACUGACAGAUCCUGCCAGCAGUUUGUGUAUGGAGGCUGUGAAGGGAAUGACAAUAAUUACAUGACCAAGAAGGAGUGUCUUGAGAAAUGUGCAGGUGUCACAGAGAACACCUUUGGUGACCUGGACACGAGCAGGAAUGGAGCAGAUUCCUCUGUCCCAAGUGUUCCCAGAAGGCAGAAUUCCGAUGACUUCUCCAUCAAUAUUUUCAACUAUGAAGAAUACUGCACUGCCAAGGCAGUCACUGGGCCUUGCCGCGCAUCCUUCCAACGCUGGUACUUUGAUGCUGAGAAGAAUUCUUGUGAUAACUUCAUCUACGGGGGGUGCCGGGGCAAUAAAAACAGCUAUCUCUCCAAGGAGGAGUGCAUGCACCGCUGCUUUGGCAAGCAGUUGUAUCCUGUCCUGCCCCACGGCACUAAAGUGGUGGUCCUGGUGGGGCUGUUCGCGAUGAUCCUGAUCCUCUUGCUGGGAGCGUCCGUGGUCUGCCUGAUCAGGGUAGCACGGAGGAACCAGGAGCAUGCCCUCUGCACCAUCUGGAGCUCUGGGGACGACAAGGAGCACCUGGUGAAGAACACAUACGUCCUGUGAAUGCCCGGUGGUCAUGGGACCGCCACCUUCAGGACUCCGCUAUUGAAGAGGACCUGGAAGGGAGGGGAGACAAGUGUAGAAUGUGUGUGUGCUUUUUAAAAUAGUGAUUGUUUUGUGUUUGUAUGAUCAUUAGGGCUUUUGGUUUGCAUGUUGCCCAAGAAGGUAAGAGGGCUACUUCCUAGUCUCCCCAGGGUGGGUCUGCUUUGGAAAUCCUCUUGGAGAAGGGCUCUGUGUCCGUUUCAAGUGGUCCGGGAUCAGACGAGAGCCAGGUCCUCUUCAGUUUCUUUACUCCAGGUAUAAUUUUCUUUGCUUAUAUUGAAUCCUAUUCCCUCCUUUCCCAUCACAAAAGUGAUCUUCUAAUAGUUCCCUAUGUUUGUUUGAUUUGUGGGUUCUUUUUUUUUAAGUAGGUAGAAACAAGUUUUUUAUUAGGAUUCUGAAAGAAGGAGAGUAAAAUGUACAAGGUUAAUAAAAAGGGCCUUCCCUUUUAAAAUAAA